AUGGGUGGUGAGCUGCUCAAAGGUAAUUCUCCUGUCCAACAAUGGUAUGAGGCUGUGGAAUUUGAAGGAACUAUGGAAGAAGGAAGGCUGUUGGCUAUCAGAUGGGCAUUACAGAAGACUUGGAAGGCAAAGUGCUUGGAUAUAUACUGCUGCUUGGAUGACAAGACCCUGACUGGAAAACUUUGCAGCAAUUCUUCCUUCAAUAGUUCCUAUGGAGUGUUGGCAGAUGAUAUUUAUGCUUUAUCCAGUCUGUUUUCCCGUUGUAUUUUCAUGUUUUCUUCUUCUUUAGUCUCUUCUAGUGUAGCGUUAGCCAAGGGGGGCUGUAGAGGGGAAAUAGUGUGUUAUUUUCCCGAUUAA